CGCUAUUUGACUCAUGUUCUAAUGGUAUAUGUAAAUGCUCAAUGAUUUCGAGCAAGAUUUGCAUGGCCAGCAUAAUAUUUGCAAACACAAUGACCCGAAAACUUUCUCUUUCACUUGAGUCAAAACCAGAAGCAUGUAUUAACCUCAUUUGCUUAAUGACGGUAGACUUUCCACUUUCUCCAUUACCUUUGAGGAAUCAGGGUUAAUAUAUGAUUUUCUUUUGCUGCAAAAGAAGUAUACCUAGCAGUAGAAGUUUGACCUCAGUUCGUAGCUUCUUUUCGUCUGCUUUGAUUUGUCGGUCUAUCAUUUUAUUUGCCUGUACAUCGGGGUUGCUUGGACCCUCCGCAGAAGUAUUGCUGGCACAGUUUCCCAUUCUUGGAAAAGGGUUAGGAAUUUUUUUUCCCUCUCUGAGGUUUUGAUAAUCAUUCUCAUAACUUUAAAAUUUAAACCCGAAAGUCUUGAUGAAAAAGCCACUUUAGUGUUAUUAUUACUUUUGUGGUAAAUAUUUUCUC